AUGAAAAAAUUGUCGGCUUCUUCACCUACUACAUGCAUUCCAGGUCCGGGUCUGCCUAGGAAGGAUAUUAGACUGCAAUGUCCUCCUGAAGAUCAUGUUGCACAUGUACUACUUGUUAAGGAUCAUACAGAACAUGCAGCAAAGGAGAAGAAGGCUAAUGACAAGGACAAGAG